AUGCCCACCGAAUUGGAAGAAUUAGUUACGUUUUUACAUUCUCCUCAACCAGCCGUUAGACAGAUUGCUCUAGAUAAUUUGGUUGGUUUCAGUACCGGCCCAAAUGCAGUUAUCUUCAGCUAUGAUAAUUAUAGAGCCAUCGAGGAUUUGAAAGAGCUAAGUAAAGAUAAAUCUGCUAUCUUAGUCAGACAAUCAAUUACUACAUUGGUUAAUUUAUCCGAUGAUGAUCAUAUUCGUAAACUAAUUGUUCAAGAUUUAGAUUAUUUGACCUUUUUGAUCGCCAAGAUAUGCAACCUUAAUAACAGUUCCGCUGACAUCAUGUGUAUUUUAUUAAGCAAUUUGUCUAAAAACAAUAAGAUUACUCAAGUUUUCAAUAUAACAUUGGACGAAAGUCUUAAUAAAGAUGUCUUUAAAAGUGUAAAUGCUAUGAAUUGUUUGAUGGAUUGUUUUGUAAAAGGUUUCGAUAGAAGUUUAAAUAAAUUUGCAAAUUACGACUACCUAGCUUAUUUUUUCGCUGACGUUUCUCGUUUCAAACAAGGCAGGGAAUAUUUCAUUACCAAACAAGAUUACGACAAUGUUAUCCCUCUUCAAAAAUUAUUAGUUUUUACUGAAAAAUAUGACGAAACUAAAACUAGAAGAGAAGGUAUUGCAUACACAAUCAAAAAUUCUUUAUUUGAUGCUAAGAAACAUCAAACUUUACUGGAAGAUAGUGACUUGAAUCUUUUGCCCUAUAUUUUAUUGCCAAUAACUAGCGCUAAAGACUCUGAAAUAGAUGAGGAAGAUAUGUUUAAAUUACCAGAUGAAUUACAAUUAUUAGACGAUGAUAAACAAAGAGAUCCAUGCCCUGAAAUUAUUUGUGUUUACUUGGAAAGUAUUCUAUUAUUGUGUACUACCAAGUUCGGAAGAGAAUAUUUAAGAGAUAAGUCCGUUUACCCACUAAUCAGAGAAUUACACAAACAUGUGGAAAAUGAAGAUAUCGAGGAAUUAUGUAUAAGAAUAGUCAACAUGUUGAUGAGAGGUGAGCCAGAUUCUGCUGAAAUUGAAGAGCUACCUAGUAAAAGUGCAGAUAGUGACAAAGAGAAUAGUGAUAAGCUAGAAGAAAAGUCAAAGGAAAGUGAUGAAGAAGACGAUGAUGAUGCUAUUGUUGAAGUAAUUUAA